AUGGACAGUUCAAAUACUACGCUGCAUCCUGUGAAACAGGAAGUUUCUGAUAAUCAAGAUGACUAUUCCUUCCCGAGUAGUUCAAAGAUCGAUCAGGCAUUGGCGGCUCCUGCAACUUAUUUUCAUAGUCCCAAAAUGGAAUACUCUUCUCAUGGAACCAUAGAUGUGGAAGCGAGCAGGAGAUCACCUGCGGUUUGUGAUAACUAUAAUACCUCUACCACUAUACAGAUGAAGGUCGAACCGCAGGAAUCUGGUACCGAGAUGCUUCAUGAACCAGUGCACUAUAAUUCUACAGAAAGUAGCGUUCUAAACGAUCAAGAAUUUGCCGACCACGGGACGUAUUUAACGGAAGCCAAAAUCGAGUAUCCUAUUGUUGAAGAUGUAGAUCUGGAAGCCACAAAAAUCACGCAUGUGACACCAUGUGGCACCGAGCAUUCCGCUGUGCAGAUUAAGGUCGAAGCCCAAGAUCCAGUUUCGGAUCAAGAGCCAGAAAUGCUCUACAAUGCUGUUGUAGACCAGUAUGAGGCCUGUUUACCAGAGAAGAUGGUAAAAACUGAGCAUAUUCCAAUUAGCAGGGAGCUGCAAUCGCCAACAUCAGUAGAAACCUCAGAUGGGCCCAUUGUGGACUCUCACAGCGAAUCACGUGAUUAUAGUUCCGCAACUCAAAACACACGCGUGUACGCCGAUGGGGCAGUAUACGAAAUACGUGUAGUAGAAGAUGCCUGUCGUACAGAGGUCAACGGUAUUCCAGCAGAACAGCCAUGCAACAGCAAACCAGCAACAGGCAACGAAUUGCAUCGUCAAACAGCGCAAAUGAAUGUUAUGAAUUCUAUUAAAACAUUGGGUGAAAAUAAGCAAUACAAAUGCGACCGUUGCGACAAAUCGUUUUGUGACAAAAUGGAACUAAAAAUUCAUAAACGGAACCAUCAAUUUACGGUAUGCCCAGUGUGUAAGAGAACCAUGCGUACCGAUUUCGUGAAAAGACACAUUGCACGGGUACAUCCGGAUGAUGGGAUUUUACCCAGAAACCGAUCAUUCCCUUGCGAUGAAUGUGAACGAGUGUUUUCCAACGAUGUGCAACUGAAGAAUCAUCAGCUGUCGCACAAGAAACAGGGAUGUCCGAUUUGUGGCAAAAUAGUACGGUCCGAUUAUUUGAAGAGACAUAUGGAUUUGAAUCAUCCGAAAGAGGUGAACUCAUCUGACGGUAGUACGUACCCGUGUGAUCAAUGCGAAACAGUGUUAAGCAACAGGUAUCUACUGUUUUUUCACAAACGCACCCACCAAACAGAAGAAUGUCCGGUAUGCAAGGAAACUCUAAGGGCCGGAUACAUGAAAAUUCACAUCGACAUGAAACAUCCAGACCACAGUACCUUGCCGGAAAAUCCCGCCUUCAAAUGUGACCAGUGUGAAAAGUCGUUUGGAUACAAAGCGGCACUAACGCUUCACAAGCGCAAACAUCGGUUGACGGAGUGUCCGGUGUGUAAAAAAACGGUCCGAGCAGAUUGUUUGAAGCGACAUAUGGACUUUAAUCAUCCCAACGAUGCCAGUUUGCCCGAGAAUGCAACACGGAUGGAAGGUUAUACUGCGAACGGCGGGCACCCACUAUCAUAUGAUAGACGAACGCAGCAGACGGAAGACUGUCCCGAGUGUAAGGAAACGUUCCGUAGCGACUACCUGAAGAUUCAUAUAGCCAUGAAACAUCCGAACGAUAGAGCCCUGCCCGAGGAACGACCAUUCCAAUGCGAUCAAUGUGACAAAUCGUUUUGCUACAAAACACAACUCAGGCUCCACAAGCGUAACCAUCGUUUGACGGAAUGUACAGUGUGCCAGAAGUCGAUGAGAUUGGAUUGUCUUAAGCUGCACAUGACCAGGAUGCAUCCUAACAACGUAAGCAGUGGUAGUGCGAAAAACUAA